AUGGCUGAUCAUAAGCGCCAAAGCUUGGGCGCCAAAGCCCAAAAUGCAACUGGAAUUCCGUCGGAGGAAACAUUUAGCAAAGCAAUUGGCGCGCGCAUCCGAGUGACCACCGCAGCUCCAAACACAUCCACAAUCGAGGGUACUCUAUUCACAGCGUGCCCAAUAACGAACCUCGUUGCCAUUAACACAUCGAGCCAAGUAUCACCAAACCCUACAAGCUCUAACCAACCGGGAGACUACCAUAUCAUACCCGUAUCCCGAAUCCAAUCCUUUCAAGUUAUUUCCUCCGCUCCAUCCAAUGCCGAUGGUCUCCCACUGCAAGCACUCGAUACACGUGCCUUGAAAGCACGUGAGGCUAAUGCCGUUGCUAAGCUGCAAGAAGCCGAAUCUAAACGUGGCAAAGGAGUGACGAAAGAGGCACAAGACAUAUUCGAUGCUUUUAGCCGCACAAUGCCCGCCAGAUGGGAUGGCACCAGCAUCGUUGUUGCGGAUGCAGUCGUCAUUGCCAAACCUUAUCGGGUUGAUGACUGUCGACCUUUGGUUGCGGGUGACUCAGCUGCGCUGACUCGUGUUCGCAAAGUGCUGGAGAUGGAACGAAAGAAGAUUGAGCUUCGCAAUGCAAGCGCUGCGAUUGGGAACAGCAAUCAGUUUACUCGACAGAAAAAAGAUCGAGUUGCCAUCCCCAGUCGUCUCGACUCAACUCUCACUCCCGCACCAAGAAAGGGUGGUUAG